UUGCAUUGAUAGGUUGAGGUUAGUGUUGUUUACAAAGAGGCUAAUAAACUAUAGAAAUCGGAUUAUUAUUCAUCAACAAAACAAAUAUUUACGUUUCAUAGAUUUAAUCUGCUGUCAUGUCGGGUUUCAACGAUCAAAGCUCAAUUGCCCAGAAAUCAUGGGAAAUGGCCAACAAUGUAGAGACAAUCAGUACUUUGGAUGAGGUUUACAGAUAUGACAGAAAAGAACAGCAAGACAUUCUUGCUGCCAAACCAUGGGAGAAAGACCCACAUUUUUUCAAAGAUAUCAAGAUUUCUGCUCUGGCACUGUUAAAAAUGGUUAUGCACGCUCGUUCGGGUGGAACUCUUGAAGUUAUGGGUUUACUGCUGGGCAAAGUCACAGCCAACACUAUGCUUGUCAUGGAUUCGUUUGCUCUGCCUGUUGAAGGUACAGAAACUAGAGUCAAUGCUCAGGCUCAAGCCUAUGAGUACAUGACAGCCUACAUAGAAUCUGCCAAACAAGUUGGUAGGCAGGAAAACGCAAUUGGUUGGUACCACAGCCACCCAGGUUACGGAUGUUGGCUAUCUGGUAUUGAUGUGUCCACACAAAUGUUAAACCAAAACUUCCAAGAGCCAUUUGUUGCCAUUGUCAUCGAUCCAGUGAGAACAAUAUCUGCUGGGAAAGUUUGCUUGGGAGCGUUUAGGACAUAUCCAAAGGGCUAUAAACCAGCGAAUGAAGAACCAUCAGAGUAUCAAACAAUACCUCUGAAUAAAAUCGAAGAUUUUGGUGUUCACUGCAAGCAAUACUAUUCACUUGAAGUAACUUACUUUAAAUCUUCACUGGACCGAAGACUGCUUGACUCUUUAUGGAACAAAUAUUGGGUCAAUACUUUAAGUUCCUCCAGUCUUUUGACAAACACUGACUACACUACAGGACAGAUUUUCGAUCUGUCUGAUAAAUUGGAACAGUCGGAACAAACGCUAGGACGUGGUUUUGUUUUUGGAGGACUAGAGUUUCAUGAGAAGAGUACAGUGGAUAAGCUUAUUAAGGCCACCAGAGACAGUAGUAAAACAACUAUUGAAGUGAUUCAUGGUUUGAUGGCUCAAAUCAUUAAAGACAAACUUUUUAAUCAAGUUGGCAUAUGUAAAAAUGAGCAAAAUAAGCAAAAUGACUCAAAUGAGCCAAAUAAGCCAAGCGAGGAAAAAGAGGAAAUAGAGAAUAAAGCAAUGGAAGAAUAAUUAUGGAUUUUUGUAAUUUUUUAAUUAAAUUUUACGAUCCUAAGUCACGGAAAAAAACUUAUAGUUAAACUUUGCGUGUGAAAGUCUGUCCUUAAGUAAAACUUACACAAGUAGUUCUCGACUUCUUAUAAAUUUUUCAGAAAAAAAUGAAAAACAUGUCAAAAUAAUUAUAGUGUUCAACUCUUUAUAUUAAUGGAAUAAAAAUACAUUUUAUUUUCACACGUUGAUUCGCUAAAAAUUAUGUACAGCAUCUGUGUAAUUAAUCAUUUUCAUCAUCGAUUUAUAUAUUUAUAAAAUUAAUUAGUGUAAAGA